AUGAACCCGUCCUGCGCCAGGCACCCUAGGGAUGGGGUCUUCCCGUGCCGUCUCGCCUACCACUGGCUGGAAUAUCGGUUAACCGCCGAGGCGCUCAGGCACCCACAACGGGAUCGCGCCGCGCCUAGCUCCCUCUCAUCCCGACUUCCCCUAGCGAAUGCCCAAGGCCUUGACCCUCCUCCUCCUCCUCUUCCUCCUGCACCAUCGAUAUCUUCACCGAACAACUCCUCCGAACAGACGAGGAUUCAGCACAACCUAGAACAACUGCGCACAGUCAUUAUGACCGGGCUAGAUACUGUUAAAAAACGCCGCGCGCAGCCUGAGAACCUAAACGGCGCAAAGCCAAUGGCCGAUCCAUCGCCCACAACACGGACCGUCACAUGGCACGAUAUUCCCGAGUGGCGGCGGGACAACAAGUACAUUCUCACCGGCUAUCGCCCGUUGGAAGCAGACUAUUUACAAGUUGUCAAAAGUCUCACUUUCUUACACAAUGAGACCUGCAACGUUUAUACUCAUUUGAUCGGUGCUGUGUUACUGCCACUCUUGGCGGUCACUAUUCUCCGAACUAUAUAUGGGCCACAGUAUAUUGACGUCACAAGAACCGAUUUUAUCAUGUUCACUAUCUUCUUCUGUUCCGCCGAGAGCUGCCUGAUCUUCAGCGCUAUGUAUCAUCUUAUCGGAAGUCAUUCACACGAGGUGGAGCAAUUUUGGCACCGGAUGGAUUUGCUAGGGAUCGUUAUUGUGACCGUUGGUACCUUCAUUCCCGGGAUCUACUACAUCUUCAAUUGCGAACCAUUUCUGCAAAAGAUUCAUUGGACUAUUGUCUGUCACCCAAGUCACUCAAAUACAUCCUCGGUUGUCGUCCUUUGCGGUUCUGCCACGGCCGCCCUCAUCUGUAUACCUAAGUUUAGGACAUUGCGAUGGCGUAAAGUGAGGGUCGGCGCCUAUGUGGCCCUCGGUGCUUCCGCCUUUAUCCCUUUAUUGCACGGCGUGCAGGUCUAUGGUCUAGAAUAUAUGCUCGAGUAUUCGGGUAUGAAAUGGUACCUUGUCGAGCUCUUUCUGUACGGAGGGGGCUGCGGCCUUUAUGCAGUACGAACACUCUAUUUUCCCUACCCCUAA